AUGGCUUCCACGACCGCCCCCUACACCCCACAGGACCCUGUCGGGGUCACAAAAGUGAUCAAUAACCUCCGCAGUGCUUCCAAAGCUAACUGCGGCUACUCCUGCAAGCAAUCCACAUUCCCCAUCGCCGGCACCAACGACAUCUCGGUCGACUCAUGGAAGUUCCGGGAAUGGGACUACAAGAGGCGGGACCUCCCCACGUACGCGCGCGGGCUCUUCACAUACCAUGACCCCAACACCAAGACCGACGAGAUCGUCAUCCGCGGCUACGACAAGUUCUUCAACAUCGACGAGGUCCACCGCACAAAGUGGUCGUGGAUCGAGAAGAAUACAAAGGGGCCCUACGAGGUCACGGUCAAGGAGAAUGGAUGCAUUAUUUUCAUCAGUGGGCUGCCGGAUGGGAAUCUCCUGGUUUGCAGUAAGCACUCGACGGGGGCGAGGGAUGAUGUGGAUCUCUCGCAUGCAGUGGUUGGAGAGAAGUGGGUGGAUAAGCAUCUGGCGAGUGUGGGCAAGAUGAGGAGGGAUCUGGCGAAGGCGCUGAGGGAUGCGAAUGCUACGGCGGUGGCGGAGCUGUGUGACGAUAGCUUCGAGGAACAUGUUCUGGCCUAUGAGGGUGACAGAGCGGGGCUGUACCUCCACGGGAUCAACCUGAACCUCCCUGAGUUUGCAACAUAUCCGGCGACGGAGGUCAAGGCGUUCGCAGACAAGUGGGGGUUCAAGAUGAUUGACUUUUUCACAAAGCAAGAUGUGGAAAGCUUGAGGGAGUUUCUAGAAGAGGCUGCAGAGACAGGAUCGUGGGAUGGAAAGGACGUGGAGGGCUUUGUGAUCCGCUGCAAGGCCCGCGAUGGCCCGGAGAAUGAUAACUGGCCGGACUGGUUCUUCAAGUACAAGUUCGAUGAGCCAUACCUCAUGUAUCGUCAAUGGCGGGAGUGUACAAAGGGGAUGAUCAAAGGCAAGGCUCCCAGGAUCAGAGACCAUGAGAAGAUCACAAAGCAGUAUCUUUCCUUCGCGGCAAAGUACUUCAAGGAGAACCCCGAGGCGCAACAGAAGUAUGUGCAAAACCAUGGUAUCAUCAGCCUCCGGAACGCAUUCCUUGCUCACCAAGGCAUCAAGGGAAGCGAUAUUAUCAGGCAGGAAGCAGAGGGCCAAAAGGCCGAACGAGAAAGCAUCAAAUCAAACCUCUGUCUUGUCCCCAUCGCGACCAUUGGCUGCGGGAAAACCACCCUAGCUGUAGCGCUCUCAAAACUAUUUGGAUGGGGCCAUAUCCAGAACGACAAUAUCGCUGGGAGGGGAAACCGUGGGGCCAAAUUUGCGUCGGCAAUCUCAAUGGAGUUAUUUAAGAAGCCGGUCGUCAUCGCCGACAGGAACAAUCACCAGAAAAGAGAGCGGGACCAGAUCUUUGCCGAUGUUACUGGCGCCACUCCCGCCGCACGCUAUGUCGCUCUGCACUAUGUUCAUGACCGUCCAGAAAUGGAUCCUUGGAAUCUCAAGAAGCGCAUUAUGGCUACUACAGCAGCCCGUGUUCUUAACCGCGGGGAUAACCAUCAAACAAUUGAUGCAAGCAAGCUUCCUAGGCAAGAGCUGGAUGGUAUCAUGCAGGGCUUCCUCAACCGAUUCGAACCCCUCGAUACCCAAUCUCCCCCAGAUGACCAUUUUGAUUCUUACAUUGACCUCGACCCCGAAGUUGAGUCGAGGGCCAACCUGGAGAUCGUUGUCAAGUUCCUGAAAGAGACAUACCCGAACAUCAUUGAUAAACUCCCUACCUCCGAAGAAUACGACGCGGCUAUCCAGUCUGCGAUGAAGGAGUACUCUGUUGACCGCCGCCCCAAACAACAGCAGCAGGCCCAGAAGAACCAGGGGCAGAACCAGGGGCAGAACCAGGGGCAGAACCAGGGGCAGAACCAGGGAAACCAGCAGGGCCCUCCAAAGCACAAAGCAAAACCGAUCGAAUACUUUUCCAUCAGCGUCCCCGCCGCCCAGAUCAACACCAUUGUUGAAAACGCCUUUGCAACACAAUCGGACGGCGAUGACUGGUUCUACAAGUCCCUUUGCAGCAAAGGCCGUAUCCAGCCGGCGUUCCACGUCACCUUGGCCCACCGCGCAAACUUCAAAACAUAUCCGCAGGUUUGGGAGGCGUAUGAGAAGAGGCUCGCGGGGUGUCUGGGGCGCGGUAAUAUGGGCGUUACUAAGGUUACGCUCGAGAAGAUUAUCUGGAACGGGAAGUUGAUGGCGAUUACGGUCAGCAUUCCCGAUCAGUCGAUUGUGACAUCGAACCUGGUCAAUCAUAUUACGCUGGGAACGUCCUCGUCAGCUGUUAAGCCGAAGGAGUCAAAUGAUAUGUUGAAGGCUUGGAAGGACGGUGAUCAGAUGCAUGAGCUGGCUUUGCCGGAUGGGACGGUGGUGGAGGGUGUAAUAAAGGCUGUGGAGGCGAGGCAUUAA